UGGCUGACUGUCAACACUAGACAGGGAUGUGCAGCCCUUCCGCCUUAUAGUAACCUUAUUUUGAGCUGAAUACUUUAGAAAUACGAGGUGAGGAGCUGUGUGGUGUUGCAGUGGGUGGAGGGGUGAUAUGUGGCUCAGUGGUGGUGGAGACGGCGUUCACGUGAUCAAGUCUGGUGGUGAAUCAGCUGAUCGGGGGGUUGGAAUUUACUCGCAUUGUAGUUUUCCUUCAUCAGUUCUAGUACCAUGACAGGCCACUCACGCCAGUGAUUCGCGCGCUCUUCAAAAGAUGGAAGAGUGUUUAGGAGAUUGAUCAAUGUUGCUAUGAAGUGAGUAACCUUGAAAAGACAGGUUUUGGGCGUUCUUUCAAUGUCUGGACUUCCCCACGGCAUUGCUCAAGCCCAGUCAAUGUCUGGCCUUCCCUACGCCAUUGCUCAAGCCCAGUCAAUGUCUGGCCUUCCUCACGGCAUUGCUCAAGCCCAGGCAUUAGUCACCGCCAGCUUAGCCGCUCACGCCUAGCACCAUCCACCGGUCUAUUUUGCCGUCACCUUCAGCUGUGUGUCCUCAUCAUGUCCACUGACCCAGCCACACUUGUGGCUGGUGUCCCUGUGAAGAUCAGUGAGAAGUUCAGGCCUCCACGGAAAAUAAGUCUCCCAGCCUCCUGCCAGCACCAGAUUAACUCAGACCUCCUCACCCAAGAGUAUGAUUUCGCUGUGGAGAAAACUACAAUUCAGUGGGUGCUGGAACGAAGAAAUAGGAUAGAGAAAGAGGAAAGAAAGCGACGAGAAAGAAUAGCUAAAUAUGAACAGAAGAAAGCAGAAAUUAAAGCAAAAGAGGAGGAGGAAGAGAGACUGAGAAAAGAAAAAGAAGACAUGAUAAAGCAGGAAAAGGAGAAAGAGAGACUGAAGAAGGAGGAGGAGGAAAAGAGUAGACUGGAAGAGGAAGAGGAGAUCAGAAGACUGGAAGAAGUAAAUCAGGAAGAACAAACUCAGGAAACUGAAAAGACAAAUGAAGUUGAUGCUGAGGAAGUGACUGCCACCACCAACACUAGCCAGAUGGGUGAGAUAAAUGGUAAUGAAUCUAUAUCAGCAAGUGGCAUUAAUCAGAUUAGUCCUGAAGUUGCAUCACAUGAAGCUCCACAGGCUCUUUCCACUUCCACAUCUGAAGAGACAAGUUAUUGUUCAAGUGGUGCAAUUAACAAUGCUAGCAUAGCUUGCAGAACUGAGACAACUAAUGUAUCUAAUAAUGCAUCAUCUUAUGGCCUUAUGCUUCAACCAACACCAUUUCCAUCUCAUAAGUCUGUAAGGUCUCCAUCUAAAACACCAGCUAAUAUUAAUUUUGCUGACUUUGAAGGGGAAGGUAAUGAUCCUUUUGACAGUGCUGCUUUGAAAUCAAUCAAUGAUAUGGAGGAGCUUGCUAAAGUUCUUGAUUCAUCACACAUUACUCAAAAACCAGUGGAAGGAACAAACUCUGUACAGGGUCCUACAAAGGAGGGCCAAACAUAUAAUGUAUAUCCAAAUGGACAAUUAACAUAUGGUGCAUUUGGGCAGUAUCCAUAUUUCAUGCCUCCACAGCAGCAGCAUCUACAACAAUCAUUACAACAGCAGAACAUGACACAGCCAAGACCAGGGUUUCCACAAUAUGGAAAUCACUUGGUCAAAAAUCCUCAAGUAACCCAAACCUCUUCCACACCUUCAUCAUCAGAUCCACAAUAUGCUAAGGAUCCUGCCAGGACUUUCCAAAACAAAUACUAUCCUCAGCCCUGGGGGAGUGGAUAUAAUGUAAAUAGUCCAAAUAAAACUGCACAGUUUGUGCCUUAUGACUAUUGCCUCCAAGCUGCAAAUCUAGCCAAUAGUAUAUCUAAUACAACGCAAGGAGUAAUGAGCCCAAGUAAUAAUACUGGGAAUACAUCAACUCUUCCUACUUACACUAGUGGUGGUUGUUCUACUGUGCAGUCUGUUGACAGAGCAUCAACUGUUAGUAAAAGACAAGAUUUGGAGGAUUUUUAUUCAAAAUAUUACUUGCAAAAUAAAUCCCAUGUUCAACAAAAUCAGCAGUCAGGAAUACAAUCAGGUGAGUCAACACCAAGUCACAGCAGUAGCUCUGGUGCUGCGGGAUCAACCACUGGAUCACUGCGGUCUUGUCGGAGUGUUCCAGACUUGACUGCGGCCGAAGAUUCAGAAGUAACUAAGUACAGCAGUGGUCUCCAGUCCCAAAGUGAAAGUCGAGGAGUCUCACAUACACCACCUCCACGCCCUUCCAGCACAGGACUUACUGGCCUGGAGGACUGGAAACCUCUGCCAGAUAUUUCAGGAUUAUCUGAGACAUCUUCCAGUCAGCAUCUUUAUCAAUCUUCAUCUGUUCAGCAUCCAGCCAUCUCUUCCCCACACACUCCAAUCAAGUCCCGCCUUCCAGACCCCUUUGGAGAAUUGACAACAGAUGCUCAGGCCUUAGUCCAGAACAUGGCAGAAAUGGGCUUCCCUCGUUCCCGAGUAGCAAGAGCUGUUCAGAAACUUGGGACAGACCACAAAAAGCUUAUUGAAGUUUUGUUAGAGCUGCAGUCACUUCAAGGGAAUGGAGAAGAUGGCUACAAAGCAGAACGUGCAUUUUACCAUUAUAUGGGAGAUAUACAGAAAACAAAAGAUCAUUUGGCAGCUGCAAAACAACUUUUGGGUCUUGGCUUUGAAGAGGAGCAGAUUGUGGAUGCCCUUUUGAGGCAUGACAAUGACCGUGAUAAAGCCUUGGAGGAACUAAUUGCUUAGAUAGCAGAACACUUCUGAGACACCCACACCAUUGUUACUAUGUGCAUACACUUAACCUCAGUGCAGGAGCCUGUGAGGUGAGUGUGGUCAUACAUGCAUCUCCUUAAACAAUGAGCCUGCUGGUGUCUGCCUCAAGCAGCUAUAUUUACGUACGUAUAGUUUCUCAAAUAUGCGAAAAUAUUACUGAGGUAAUUUUUUUUACAAUUAAGCUAUAUUAUACUUUUAUAUGAUUUUCAAGAUAUAGUAAUUUUUAAUAUCAACAAAUCUUCUAUGAAGAUUUAUAGUCUUGUCAUAUUGAAUGUCAUAUUAUAAAAUUUAUACUGAGCUCCUCAGAUUCCACCCAGAAUCAGGAAAGUGUAUAUAAUUAAAAAUUAGGGGUAACUGUACUGUAUGCAUCAUGAUUCAAUAAGGUACAUUAUCUUCACUGUGCUUCCUGUUGCUUGCCUUUCAUUAUGCAUGUGUACACAAGACACCCAACUACUUGAACCACAACAAAUGAGGCUUAUGAUCUUAAGAGGUGCUAUCUUCCUCAAUUAAAGGAAUGUAUAAAAAAAAAAGGAAAAAAAACUGUGCAGCUCUUGAAAAAUACACUCACAUAGAAAAAGUGACUCACAGAAUCAUUGACAUUUCCUUUGCAAGAACUGUGGUGAUUGAUCUGUUUCUAAAAGUAAGUAGAAAUCAAUGAAUUUUCAUUAACUUGAUUAAUUUUACAUCCACUCUGUAGUAAGCCAAUAUUAUAGGAUGAUAGCUUGGACAAAGCAUUACAUGUUUAAAUUCUCAUCAACAAAUAUUCACAGUUUUACCUAAUAAUCUGAAAAAAAGCCAGUUAUCUUGCAUAAUUAAUGCUGCAAUUUGAAAGAGAGUUAUUCAUUACUAGACCUGAUACUGCUCUUUAGGUUUACAUGUGACUAGAGUGAAAUAAUUUUUACUUACAAGAAAUAUGUGAUUUAAUCAUAAAACUGGCAGACAGACUGAAAGUUAUGGCAAUGAGUUACAAAACUUCAAAAAAGAUAAUCACCAUUGAAAAAGUAACAGGGUGGUUUGCUGAGGUGACAAUAUAUAUGAGAAAGGUGAGAGAGAGAGAGUGUUUUAUAGAAUUCUGCCAUUAAAUUUGUCAGGCACCAGGUUAAGUCCCACCCAUUAGGUUCUUGGGAUCAAUAACUGCUUCUUUAGAGGCAGUUAUUGUUUCCAAGCAGUUGUUUAUCCACUGCCAUUCCCUAUUCAGGAAUGAAUUAGAUUAUCUUAUACAAUUUGUUAAAGAAAGGUUAAUCUGGCUACCUUUUCCUAUAGAUUUGCAUUAGUAAAUGAUGUCCCUAGAAUGUUGUAACAGACAUGAGAAGUAGAACAUAUAACACAUUUGUGACAUUUUAAGCUAAGAACAUCAAAACAUAUAUGCUACAAUAUUAAUAAAUGACAAGUACUUUAUUAAUCUUAUUGAUCUGAGUUUUUGUCUCAUUGUAUAUUUUUCUAUGCUGACGAAAUUUUAUUUAGAUUUUUCAUAUAUCAUAGUAUUUUUGAAAGAAAUCCUAGCUUUGCAUUUAUUAUAUAAAGUAAACCCUAAAUCUAACAGACUAAUAGGGGAGAUGUUUUGAUGGUGAAACCAUUAUAUUAAAUUUUAUUUUUUUUCCAAUUUUCUCUAAUAUAGAAAAAGCUUUAAUUCAGUAUAUCAUGCUGUACAAUAUAAAAUAAUUAAAUUAUGUUACAGAACAUGUAAUAUUUACUCCCCUGAAAGAAAUAUGUGAUGCAGUGAAUAACAUACAGAGACAGGAAUGGUUAGGUCUUCUUGGAAGCAAUGAAUGGCAUCACUUAGCUUCACUGGUAAUGUACUCUAUUGUUAGUUACCUUUGUUAUCUUUGACUUGAGUUUUGCAUAAUUUGUUGAUAUGUUUAUACAAUUUAAAAUCAUAUAUAAAGUUGAGACAAGAGUAUACAAUUUCUGUCUUGUUCAUAUAGUCAUCACCUUUAGUACGUUGCAGUGUAAACUGUUUUGGGUGAUGCUUUCUUAUGUUCAUAUAUACCAGAAUACCUGUAGGAAGGAUAUAUCCUUGUAUAUGUUUGAUGUUUAUUCACAACAUUCAAAGUGCAUCCAUUUAUCUCUACCUGAUGCCAGUUCCUAAAAACUCCCUGAAGGUGAUGGUCACAACAGAACAGUCCCUAUUCAUUUGUAUCUUUGUUUUCCCUCCUCAUGCACUGUAACCUCCAUUUAUUUCAUAUCAUCAUAUUUGAAAUAAAAGUCUUAUGAGCACUUACACAACAACACAGCAGCUGUCUAUUAGUGACUUGUUCACCCAGCAAAGCUGCAGUAUACAUACAUGAAAGUCUGCCAUCAUACUUAGCCUUGCUUUUGUCCUUCAGCUCCAAUAGGUUUAAAAUAAAAAUGAGGUUUGAUAUUUUCUUUAACAAAAUUCAUACACUAUAAAAGCAUUUUCUCACUAGAAACCAAAAUCAAGAAAGAAAUAGCUAUGAUGUCAGAAAACUCAAGAAGAAUUGGUACAGCCUUUUCUUUUUUCCAUUCUCUUUUCUCAGCAACACACCUACAUAGUGGUAAAGCCUAGACACUUCAAAUUCAAAUGGCACACACUGAAAAGCCAAUGACACCGUAAAAUCGUAUACUCUGGUGUACUUGGCCUACGACCAUAAUCCAUUCCAAAAUUGUCAUUCAAAGCAAAGAAUGGUUAUUUUCAUUCUUGAAAAAUCUAAAGAAUAAUUUUUUUUUAAAUUCAUUUAAAAGUGCAGUAAAAUGCACAUGAACAAUGCCUUUUACUUUACAAUGCAUAGCAUAGUGUUUAGAAUUAGCAUAUAUACCAGUUAUCACAAAAAACUAUAAAUUUUGUAAUCACCCAAAUGACAAGUUGGUCAUAUGCUAAGCAAAAUAAAAGAAACUGAAUACUAUCAGUUGCAUGGUGCAUUGGUUGUAAGUCAAAUAUGCUGUAUGCUGAGUACCUCACUGUAUUUCAAAUAGUACAUGCUACAGGCCCUGUCAGAGAAGUUAAAGAUAUUAAAUAACAUAAUGGUGAUGAACACAUGGGACUAUCAUUAGUACACUUCCAUUACUAGUAAUUCUUCUCAUUAUACCAUUAUCAGAAAUUAUUAGUUUAAUUGGUAAAGUUAUAGUUAAGAGCUCUGACCUUAUUGGAGUCACAAGGUGAUAUGGCAUUUCUCUUAUUCAUUAGAUAUAUACAUAUGUAGUAAAAUGUGUGUUAUACUUGCAAAAUUUUGUUGUUUUCUCUUUAGGUGAAGAAAUAUGUACAGUGAAAAAAAUAAUUAUUUCACUUGUAAAUAUAGUAGCAUGGCAGCUACCUACACAUGCACUGCAGAUUGUGGUGGUGUUCUUAGUAAUGUUGCCCUUAAUACCAAAACUUGCUGAGAUGAUUUUGCUAUUUAAGUCUUCUAUUAUUUCAGAAAUAUGUGUAGUUGGCAACUCAUACUAAUGCUCCUUAAUACAAUUAUGUCAUCAGAGUUUAAUAUUUCCCCAUUUCUGUAUUCAUGUACCAAUGGUUGUAUUUCAAAACAGUGGACAUAGUAAUGUAUUUGUUUUUGGGGGUAUUCAUUUAAUGGAUAAAAUAAUUUAGCAGUGGCAUUUUGCAGUGGUAUUUAUGAACAACUCAAGAUAUUGAACAUAAUUAAGAAAAUUUCUUUUUUUUUUUGAAGAGGAAAUUGGAAUUUUAUAGAAGUAAGGUAUCUAAUGAACAUGUGUGGAGUAACAUGGAUAAAAUGAGAAAUGAAGUGGAAAAUAUCUUUUUAUGUCUUCUAGAAUUACUUUCCACUAACACCUAAAGGGCCCUAUAUAACUUCAAUGCUGGAAAGAGCUUGUAACUCCCUUCCAUGUGUUGUAAAGUGUUAAGGAAUAGACAUAAGUAUUAUGACAGUUGAUGAUGCGUGUAUGGGCUCUGUGAUUGUAACUCGUCACAUAAAAUAUUCUAUCUGCUGAGGCUUCUACAACUUUCAAGCAUCUGCCAAGGAUGUGGAUAUAAUGUGAAAAUGACAAAAAAAAUCCUGAGAUAUUUGUUCUCAUAAGAGAAGUGGGAUUCUGUAGGAAACUCAGGAUCAGAGUCACUGGAAAUUGUCAAGCUGCUCCCAGGCAUUUUCUUUUGACAGAAGCAAGCCACCUGCCUUCUUUAAAUUUACAUCUAUCAAAAGAUAUUACAUCUAAAAUGUAAUGAACAUUAUUCCUUAUAUUAACCACUUCUCAAAAGUAAUUUUAGGUAUGAGACUGAAAUGAAAAUUUUUGCAUGCACUUAUUUCCAAACUAACAGAAGUUAAGAUGUAUGUUGAUAAAUGGUAAACUUCUGUGCUAGAGCUGUGACAGACUGCUACCGAUCACUAAGAAAUUGCCAUGAAUGAGAAUCAAGUUCAUAACCUUUUGACUGCAAGAUGAGCACUGUAUUACAGAGUUCCCCCAUAUUUGGAACACACUCAGUUUUGAAAAUUCCCCUUACAUAAUGUAAGAGGCCAUUUUCAGUUAGAAGGCUCUUUAACCUUUUUUUUUUGCAUCCAGCCCCUGGUGUUGGAAGAGGUUAGCUAAUCAAGCAUAUAGGAAUAAUGAUGGAGGUGUGGUUUUGAAAAGAGCUACAGUGGAGAUCAUAAAAAGAUGGGUGGUGUGUAGAGAGUGUUAUUGUAAAAGCAAUAUCUGUAGAACAGGAAAGAAUGUUUGUGCAUGCUAGGGAUGAAUGGAGAAUAUUCGUGAAUGCAUCAUUUAUGACACAGCCUUGAAGGCCUUGAUAGAAAUUUUCCUGCAUCUGGUCAGAUCAGCUUAUCAAACUGAAGGAAGGUAGUUAAUUAUGGUGCAGCAAAGAUAAGCUAACUUUGCUGAAAUGGCAAGAGUCAGGGUUUACUGUGCAACUGACCGUUGUAGUGUAGUCUGUGAGGAUCAAUCCUUUCUUCUGAGGCCUAGAGGCUAAGAUGUGAGGGAAUGCUUGUGAAUGUGAUUAGGAAUGUGACUGCAUACAUGUGGAUGACCUGUCUUGACCAUCCUGUUUAACCUGCAAUGUCAGCUUGGUACAUACAAAGAUAUAGGUAAUAUGAUAUUUUAAGAGCUUCAACAGCUAAACUAGAGACACAAAAUGAUAUGGGCAAAAAUAUGAGGAAAAGGUUGCUAUAUUUAUUAUUAUUAUUAUUAUUAUUAUUAUUAUUAUUAUUAUUAUUAUUAUUAUUAAUACCACUAUAUCCAUCUAUAUGCCAGUCAGUAAUUUCUCUUAAAGGUAGUUAGCCAAGAGACAAUGAAUCACUUCAUCUCAUUGUAAGAAUAAGAAAAUAAAGGAAGAGGUUCACAACUCCUUUGCUCCAUCCCUUUUAGAUGCCUCUUACAGUGAUAGUAUUCUUCCAACUCUGCCACACAGUGAGUGGCCCAUCCAUGUCCAUCACAGGGCAACUUUGCUAUAUUUUUUUUUUUUUAUUAUUAUUAUAUUUCACUUUUUUCUUUGGCAUACCUUACUGAUUUUCAAUUAUUUUUUUUAUUUGAGUAUAUUAUUAUUAUUAUUAUUUGAGUAUAUGGUAUUUUCAUUUUCUUUUACUUAUAUUUAGUACUCUCUCUCUCUCUCUCUCUCUCUCUCUCUCUCUCUCUCUCUCUCUCUCUCUCUCUCUCUCUCUCUCUCUCUCUCUCUCUCUCUCUCUCUCUCUCUAAUUAUUUGUUUACUUUAAUGAAUUUAGUUAUCUUUUAUUUGCGCACUCAUUUAUCUAUUUAUAUUCUUGACUCAUGAAGUAAGAAAUAAGUUUUUAGGAAUAGGGAGUUCAGGAAGAAAGGCCCUUACUCUAAUGGCUGCAUGGAGCCUCAUAGGACAUGUUGCUAGCUUGUAAAAAUUAUAAUCUUGCUUGAUUAUCAUUAACCAUGAUCUAACCUCUCAGAUAUUUCAUCUAUUUGCAUUCAUCUAUUUGCAUUUAUUGUUCUACAUAUUCAUGGUUUCUGUUCCUGACCUUGGUAGUGGUCAUAUGAAAGUGCCAGACCAGGCUGCCUUGUACAUAUGCUUGUAUUUUUGUGAAUACAUAUACAAUAGUAACAUAUGUUGUUAUUUCUUUCUUGUGAUUUAUCAGAAAUGUGUAUAUUCCAAGCAGUAGUGUAGAGUCAUGUUUUGUAUUGGUUGUUAAGUAAAUCUAGUAUGUAUGCCACUUUUAUAUUUCUUUAUAGAGUUUUUAACUGCCAAGACUCAAAUGUUCCUAUUUGUUUUGUCAUGUCAAAUGCGUUUUUAUCUGUUGUUAUUUUGUACUUAUUUCAGUCAUCAUUCUAACCUUGAUUUCCUUUUUUUCUUAGGCAACAUGUCACUGUGCUUUUGUGAAAAAUCUGUGUAGCUGGAACUAUGUAUUGUUAUUUAAGUUCUUGUACAAGUCACACGAACUGUCAUUAUGUAUAUUUUAAUACCAAUUUUGCUUCAAGCAUUUUUUUUUUUCAUAUUAUUUUAUAUAUAUAUUUAUUUUAUUUAUUCUUUUUUUUUUUUUUCCCCUUCAAAAUGAACCAUGCAUGUAAACCAGGUGCAUGUGCUCUACCAUUCAUCAUGCAGAUUUGGCUCCCCAGGGUGAACUGGAUUUCUAUAUUUGUCAGAUUUUAAAUUUUGGAUUACUUUGUUGAAAAACAAAUAUGUAUGAAGGAUUUUUUCAUAUUUUAAAUCAUAAUUAUUUGACUUUAUAAUUUUCUUUAAUCAUUACUUAUUUAUGUAUAAAAUACUGACAGCCAAUUGAAAGUUAAUUUCUAUAGAGCAACAUAACAUUAUUUUACAUUGGGACACAUUAGAAGUUUUCAUUAAAAUUUAAUACAAUUUUUGGUUUCUCUCAUAUAAGGAUGUGAUGAAGCUUGUCUAGAGAAUGGGCUAUACACACUCAUAAGGGACAUAAAAUCAUUCCAUGGAAAUUUUAUGCUAAGCAAAUAAGCUCUGAGAAACUAAUUAAUGGCUGACAUUAUACAUGAAACACUUGGGACACAAACUAUUCAGUAUGUUUUCUGAUCUUGUACUGAGACACAGAAAGAUCAACAGGAACGAAUAGAAUCUCUAAAUAUAACACUGCUUAAUGUUACCUUUGUGUGGUAAAUUAAAAUGUAACAACUAACUAAUACUACUGAUACAUUUCCACUCAUUUAUGUCACGUUUAGAGGAUUCUUAAUAUCAUGGGGUUUUAUAUAAUUUUCAGAAGUGUAGAAUUGCAUCAUGCAGAACUCUUCUUUUUUACAGGAAGUAUUUUUGAUUGGUAUGCAUUCACUUCACAUUGAGCUCAGCAGCAAUAAGUCUCCUGUCCUUCACACCAGCAUCCUCCUACCAACAUUUUUUUAUGUACCCAUAGGCUUUACCAUAUAGUUUUCAAUAGUAUUAUAAUUUACCAUAGAUUUAUGUUAUAUUUUCUAGUUUGUAUUGUCCAACAUGUCAUACUUUUGUAUUCCAGAAGUAUACUUCAUUAUCUUAAGAGUGAUGAGCUGCUAUAUUAUUUUACUCUUUAAGAACUUUGUGAUAUGCGUAAUUCUAUAGGAAACCAACCCAUACUGGGAGCCAUAUAAAACUUAUACUCUAGAAUUAUUGAGGUUUCUUUGAAUGAUCUCAGGACUUGAAUAAUGUGUAUCUUCAUAAGACAAAUAUUUUUUAUUUCCAUUAAACAGAUUAGGUAAACUGAAGCACUAUAAUGGAAAGGAAUUCAGUAUUUUCCUAGUAGGAUUAUAUUAAUAUAUCAAUAUUCAUGUUUUCUUUCAGCAGGUUAUGGACUUCCAUGCACCAUCAUGACACAUAGCCCAUAUAUAUAUAUAUAUAUAUAUAUAUAUAUAUAUAUAUAUAUAUAUAUAUAUAUAUAUAUAUAUAUAUAUAUAUAUAUAUAUAUAUAUAUAUAUAUACAACAAGCAGCUUAUUUGAUUAUCAAACCAGUAUAGGAGUAAGAAUGUAAUCAGUUAUUUGUUUAUCUAACACUUUAUUUAGCCCUAACUUUACAUUUUCUUAUGCAGCUUAUACAUCUUUUAUAUUAACAUUUUAUAUAUAUGUUAAGCAGUGUGUUUCUUCCUAAUGUAAUGAAGAAAUUGAAAACAUUUAUAUAUUCUCUUCAGGAGAUCAUUAAUUUAUCAUGUGUGGCAUGAGGGGGAGUGCAAGGCAGAAACAUGUGAUGAGUGUACAAGUUUGUGUGCACAUUCCUAGAAGGGAAUAGCUGGAGGCCUUUUUGUAAUGCCCAACCUCUUGUAAGAAAUAUUGCAUCAGAGAUAGAUGCGUAAAACAGUUACAUGCUAUUCAUUUCAGUGACUACUUUUACAGAUCUAGAUAUUGAUAGCUUUGCUUGAUCAUCAAUAUGAACACAUCACUGCAUGACCACACCAGGUUUUUGUAACGCGUUAGUUAUGUAGGCAGUGCCACCUACAUACUGUACAUAUAUGUAUCAAAAUAAUGUUCAUUACCAAUAAAAAGGUUUAUAUUAUGACAGCUCUAAACCUCCUGUUCAUAUUUUGUGACUGUGUGGAAUGAGGCAUAGGAUGAUGUGUGGCAUUCCAUAAUAAUACAGAAAAAUAUUCCUUAAAAUUUAUGGUAAUCAACCCUAAUAAAAAAAAAAAAAGUAAAUAGAAAAAUGUACUUAAGGACGAAGGGUACUCUUUGUAAUAUGUAUCAAUAACAUUAAAGGGAUUUAAUCUUCA